UGGUAGGCGUGGCUCCAGCCCAGAGCACUGUUUGGAAUCCUGGGUUAAACAAGUGCUGCCGGAGGCUGCUGUUCUCCGGCGCACGGGGCAUCAACACCAGCUCCUGCCACCCGGAGCGUCCCGCUCGUACCUAGUUAGAAUCAGGCCUGUGGGGAAGAGCCGGGGUCGAUACUGUUCACAACCGCCUGCAACGCCAACCCCCGGGGUCCCACGCCCGGGUCCCCACGGGCGUGCGCGCUCGUGCACAAACAUCCUUACACACACGCAGACGCGCGAAAUGGAAAGGGGUGACUCUAAAACACUCCACGGCGCCGGGCAUCCUUAGAUGGCAGCACUGCGCGGCGUGUGGGUUUCCAUUGUGGCAUUCAUAACUGCUACAAAAAUGCCGCCAUGUCACCGACAUGAGGAAGAGAAAUUCUUCCUCAAUGCCAGAGGCCAGAAGGAAGCUCUACCCAGCAUCUGGGACUCGCCCACAAAACAGCUGUCCGUUGUUGUGCCUUCCUACAAUGAAGAAAAACGGUUGCCUGUGAUGAUGGAUGAAGCCCUGAACUACCUAGAAAAGAGACAGAAACACGACCGCACGUUCACUUAUGAGGUGAUAGUGGUUGACGAUGGUAGCGAAGACCAGACGUCAAAGGUCGCUUUAAAAUACUGCCAGAAAUACGGAAGUGACAAAGUACGAGUGAUAACGCUGGUGCAGAACCGCGGGAAAGGUGGUGCUGUUAGGAUGGGUGUGUUCAGUUCCCGAGGAGAGAAGAUCCUCAUGGCAGAUGCUGAUGGAGCCACAAAGUUUCCAGAUGUUGAGAAACUAGAGAAGGGGCUGAGUGAUCUACAGCCAUGGCCUGAACAAAUGGCUAUUGCAUGUGGGUCUCGAGCUCAUCUAGAGAAAGAAUCGAUUGCUCAGCGUUCUUACUUCCGGACCCUUCUUAUGUACGGAUUCCAUUUCCUGGUGUGGUUCCUCUGUGUCAAAGGAAUCAGGGACACACAGUGCGGAUUCAAACUACUGACCCGAGAAGCAGCGGCCCGCACCUUCUCGUCUCUGCACAUUGAACGAUGGGCAUUUGAUGUAGAACUGCUAUACAUAGCACAGUUUCUUCAAAUCCCAAUAGCAGAAGUUGCUGUCAACUGGACAGAAAUUGAGGGUUCUAAGUUAGUUCCGUUUUGGAGCUGGCUACAAAUGGGCAAAGACCUGCUUUUUAUCCGACUUCGGUAUCUGACCGGUGCCUGGAGGCUUGAGCAAACAAGGAAAGUGAGUUAGUUUGCUGGUAGGACUGGACUACAUUUUUAACCGACAGUGUCAUGCAAUCUUACUUGAAAUCAAGGUUUCCAAUAAAACUUCGAUGGACCUGUUCUCCCUAUCUGCCUUCGUAUGUUAUUAAGAAUUAACAGCUACGAGGAAAUCACGUGAUGUCUUUUUUAAAAAAUAUUUGUGUCAUGUUAGAUUUUUCUUUUAUUUAGCAGUCUAUGUUGGCUCCUGUCACUUAAUGUUCUGAGAUGGACACUUGGAGACCAAAGACAGAAGCAAUUUUUUUAAAGAUACCUGCACAAUUUUUACAACCGUGAUUAAAUCACAACCCUACAGUAACAGUUAUUUAAAGAAGAAGACGCUAUGAGUUUAAAUACAGGUUUGCCUGUUGUCAGAGACCUUAUUUGUGACUUGGAAUGCUAAGAAAAUGUAAUAAAGGCGUGAAUGCGUCUGUGCUGAA